UUUUUUUUUUUUUUAUUGAUGACUCCUCCCGAGCGAUCACUGUUUCCCUGAUUGUCAUCAUCUAUUAUUCUUUGCUCUCUCUCAAAGUUGUUUGUUUCCCUUGGUCAAACCGUGAAUUGCUCGUAUCUCCCUUGCGUGCAAGAAAUUCUAUAAGAGAUCCCUCUCUUCCCAUCCUCGUCCAUCGCAUCCAUUUGAUUACCCCUCCACCCGUUCUCCCACAUCCCAGAACCCCUCCGUCACAUCAUGCCUCUCGUCAACACCACCGAAGUUGUGGAGGACAGUCGCGUCUUUGGCUACGACCCGUUGUUGUCCCCUCAGUUCCUGCAAACUGAAAUUCCGGCUACCCCCGAGGUCCUCGAGGCCGUCAAGGCCGGUCGCAACCAGGCCGUGGAGAUCAUCGAGCAGCGCGAUGAUCGUCUUCUGGUCGUCGUCGGCCCCUGCUCCAUCCACGACCCGGCUACCGCCCUCGAGUAUGCCUCCCGUCUGAAGGAGCUUUCCCAGAAGCUGUCCUCGGAUCUCUGCAUCAUCAUGCGGGCCUACCUGGAGAAGCCCCGCACCACCGUUGGCUGGAAGGGCUUGAUCAACGACCCCGACAUCGACGAGUCCUACAACAUCAACAAGGGCCUGCGCGUCUCGCGUAAGCUCUACGCCGACCUCACCAGCAUGGGCAUGCCCAUCGCUAGCGAGAUGCUGGACACCAUCUCCCCGCAGUACCUGGCCGAUCUCAUCUCCCUCGGCGCCAUCGGUGCCCGCACGACAGAGUCGCAGCUGCACCGGGAGCUGGCCUCCGGCCUGAGUUUCCCCAUCGGCUACAAGAACGGCACGGACGGCAACAUCACGGUCGCCAUCGACGCCAUCGGCGCCGCUGCUCACCCGCACCGCUUCCUCGGCGUGACCAAGCAGGGCGUGGCCGCCAUCACCAAGACCUCGGGCAACGAGCACGGCUUCGUCAUCCUGCGUGGCGGCGCCAAGGGCACCAACUUUGACCGCGACAGCAUCCGCGCCGCCCGCGAGUCGCUGCGCGCCAAGAAGCAGCGCGAGAUCGUCAUGGUCGACUGCUCGCACGGCAACUCCAGCAAGAACCACCGCAACCAGCCCGUGGUCGCCAAGGAGCUGGCCGACCAGCUCCGCGAGGGUCAGGACGCCAUUGUCGGUGUCAUGAUCGAGUCCAACAUCCACGAGGGCAACCAGAAGGUCCCCGCCGAGGGUCCCUCGGGCCUGAAGAAGGGUGUCAGCAUCACCGAUGCCUGCAUCGACUGGGAGACGACGGUCCAGGUCCUGGAAGAUCUGGCCGAUGGUAUCCGCGGGCGGAGAGCCGCCAAAGCGUCUGCUUAAACUGAAUAAAUAAAAUUAGGAAAAAGGUCGAGGCAAAAUCAAAAGGCAUGAAAUGAAUGAAAUCCAACGCAAAUCUAA